AUGUCUGAUGCCAACAAUCACACCAAGUGCCAGGGAGUAGAUCCAGGAUCAGGCUGCCUCGACAUAUUCCAGUUCAAGACGGAGCGGGGCUUGUGUGCGAAAUGCGACCUUGUGGAUGUCCAGUUCAAAGACCAGCCCGAAAAACAGAAGGAAUACCAGAACAUGCCGCAAUGCACUGGUUGUGGUUCGUGUAGCAAGAAUCUAAAGGGUGUUUACUGUGGUGCAUGCAAGCAAAAGAACGACACCGUAGCUAUGCCACCUCCGCUACCAAAGUCAACACAAGUGAUUAUGACAUCUUCGGCUCCAAUUCUCCACACGUCCCCGUCGUCUUCUAUUUUGCGGUCACCCUUGGAUCACGCUCUUGCUAUAGUUAACUCAGCCAAUAUCACGACACACUCUGGUGCUACACCCACCAGUAACUUUGGAUAUGUCAUGCAUGGUAUGAAAAAGAUACAGCAGGAGCGGGAGCAACAGUACGCCAAAAUCAAGGAGGCUAAAACCGGGAUUGGACGCCGAGUCAACUUGCAUUUAACCUUUCAUGGAGACAACAACGUCAAGCCAAUUCAUGCAAUUGGUCGUCUCGCGGACACACAUUCAGACCAACUUACUCUCAAAGGUAUUCAUAUUUUUAGCUCCUUACCCACUGCCGAGCUGAGUGAUGCUUAA